ACAGGAAUGAAAACAGGUCUAAACAAACUUACAUUUCUCUGCCUUUUUGAAUAGCAGAAAACAAUAGUUGAAGUUUAAAGGUUGUGCGAUAACUUAAGAAUAGCUUCUUGGAUAAAGACGAUGUUGGAUCACAAUGUUCCUGUCGGAAACUCUUUAUGCGCCCCCCUCGACAUCCUCCGUCUGAUGGCCCCCCCGCUGCGCCUCCUCUCUGCAGCCAUGUGGAAGACGGUGCAGCAGAAGCUGGUGUCCCACUAUGGGAUGGUGGAGGAGCUGGUUUCCAGGGUGAUGGACCUGGUGCCCGAGCUGCUGAACAAUCAACAGAGGGCACAGCUGAGCCUGGGCCUCCGAGCCAAGCUGAUCCUGGAGAUGUGUCAGCUCGGAGAGGCUGACCUGCAGGUCAUCCAGCCUCACCUGGACCGGAUACAGAGCCUCACUGACACAUGGACAACAGAGGUUGGUGGAACAGACUCACAACUUCCGUGUUCCAACUUUGUGGAUCGUGUGAGAAAAUUGUUGAUGAGUCCUGAGGAGAAAGAUCGGUUCUUUCAGAGUGUGUUCCCCGAAGAGUUCGGACCUGCGUUUGAUGAAGCUCUUCACACUCUGAUGUAUCUGUUUUUAUCCCGACUGGAGAAGUUUGUCCCUCUUCAAACGUUCCAGCAGGUUGCAUGUGUGUUGGGGGAGGCGUCCUCAGUCCUGGAGGAGUGUGUGCAGUCUGCGUCUCAGUGUGAGGACCUGAGGACUCUACUGCUGUACCGCAGGAACCUCACAACUCUGGAUCACCAUGAUCUCGUCUCAGAUGGUGCCUGCAUCAUCUCAGCUCUCAAGCUUCCCCCAGUACGACCUUCUCCUCAAACACUCGUCCAAGAUCAGUUCUUGGAGGAUUCUCAGUCGCGCGUGUCCGAGUUGGACAAAGAAUCCACAUCACUGCCUCACACAGUUCAAAUUACAGCUGACACAGCCUCGGAGCAGCUGACAGGAGAGAACUCCAGCUGUGAACCUGGGGAACAGUUACGUCUGGAUGAUGUAAAACUGGAAAAAACCGCGGAUGACGUUGGGAAUGAAGACAGUCACAUGUCACAGCGUGCUGUGAAGGAGUGUCGGGUCCAGCUGACCAGGAUAGAGAUGCCUUCAUCCUUGUGUUCUCGCCCUGUGAGGCCAAACAGAGGCCGAAGGAUGAAGAUGUUACUGAGGUUGGAGAAAAGACCACUUGAGGAAGAACGGGCCAAUGAAGACUCUUCUAGGAAAACCAACCAAGUCAGCCGGACUCCUGCAGGAGACAGUGAGGAAGAGGAGGAGUCGGGCAGGCGCAGUUGCGACUCCUCUAAUGUUGCCCUUUUGAGCCCAUACUCCGAAGACUCCUGGUCAUUCUACUCUGACCAAAGCUCUGGAGAUAAGAGCGUCAGCGGCGGUUCCAGUAUGGCUGAUUCCUGGUCUUACUACUCAGAUGAUGACUCUUCUUUUGUGAGUCGUGCCAGUUGUUCUCCUGAACCACCUUCACCCUUACCUAUAGAAGACUCGUCGAUAGGGUGUAAGAAGGUAUCAACCACUAGUAGAAAGCCUGGACUCCUCAACAAAAAACCUUCCACUCAAAAAAAGACUCGUAAAUUCCCGUGCUUCAUCUGUAAGGAAACAAUCACCACCAAACUGGAGACCCACCUUAAAACCCACUUCCCCUCCGGAGACUACACCUGCCCUCGCUGCGAUGCCAGAUUCCCGCUGUACAGAGGCCUUCAGCAGCACUUGAAAAGGUCCUGCUACGAUUUCCACAGCCGGGAAAUGGGUCACGAAGCUCCUGAGAAGCCCGAGAACAAAUACAAGUGCGACAAAUGCACAAACGUGUUCAAGUACAAGGUGUCACUGCGAAAGCACGCAGUGACGCACCACGAGCUCUACUGCGCCGUGUGUCAGAAGGUGCUACGGGACGCCGAGACGCUGGCGAGACACAACGUCUCUCACACGCCGUUCCACUGCAACCGCUGCAGCCAGUCCUUCACCGUGUUCAAGCACCUGGUCAAGCAUUGCCAGAAUGCGCACAAAGUUGCCAAACCCUUUCAAUGCUUCAGCUGUUCGAUGACUGUUUCCAGCCUGCGCCGUUUGAUCAUGCACGAGUGGAAGCACACGGGUCACAUGCCCUUCCAGUGCGCCCAGUGCAAUGUGAGGUGCAGGUCCGACUCCGAUCUGCUUGACCACGCCCGAGUCCACACCCGGGAGAAACCCUACCUGUGCCCAGAUUGCGGCAAGACCUUCUCCCAAAGGUCCAACUUGCUGCGACACUUCAACCUUAUCCACAGUGAGUGUCGAGAUGAGAAGAAGCACUCCUGCUCAAUGUGCGACAAGUCCUUUAAGGAGAAAGGAGCGCUGAAGAAACACCAGAGGUCCAAACACUUCAAGGAGCUGUUCCGCAACCCCUGCCCAUACUGUGGGAAGAUGAUCGCCUCGUCCACCAUGGCAAGACACAAACUGAUCCACACGGGCGAGAAACCCUUCAAAUGCGUCCAGUGUGACCAACGCUUCCGGUCGAAGCCUGAAGUGGAUAGGCACGUGCUCAUGCGCCACUCCUCAGAAAGGCCGUUUAAAUGUGAUAUCUGCGAGAAGGGAUUCAUUAAAAUGUGCUAUUUGAAACAGCAUGCUAAAAUACAUUCGGGAGUGAAGCCGUUUGUUUGUCACAUCUGUGGAAAAGCUUUCCUGAAAGUAUCCAGCAUGCUGAGACACAAAAGACUCGUGCACACAUUUAUAACACAAUGACCCUGUUUGUGUUGAUAGAUCAGGUAAUUUUCUGGAAAUGUUAACAUUUUUGUGAAGCACAGUUUGAAAAUUAAAAUUCUUAUUUUUCUCUGCGGAUA